GGUUCCUCUCUACGCACCCCAUACAAAUUAACCUCUACCUUCUUAAGAGUCUGAGAAGAAUCCAUAUUGAGCUUUUCUGAUAUCUGCUAGCUUUGAUCAGCUUGAACCCAUGGCGACCGGAGUUUCGGUCACUUCGGUCCCAGUAUGGUACUGUUUUGGCCAAAACAAUCUACUUGCUAGAAAACCCAUCAUCCAAACAAGCACCCCCUGUUUUGUAUUGGCUUCAACAAAGAAGAGACGACGCGUGAUUAUGGAAAAGAGAACAGAGCACGAAUUUACAGAGAAAAGCUUGAAACAAACAGAAAGAUCGAGUGUUGUAACUCCUAGAGUUUCAGAGAGAUUAGCAAGAAAGAGGUCGGAGAGAAAUACUUACCUUGUUGCUGCAAUCAUUUCCAGCCUGGGGGUCACUUCAGCUGCUGCCAUGGCUGUUUACUACAGAUUUUCCUGGCAAACAGAGGUUGGGGAAAUUCUUGUUCCAGAGAUGUUGGGCACAUUUUUACUCUCUGUGGGCUCUGCUGUGGGAAUGGAGUUCUGGGCAAGGUGGGCACAUAGAGCUCUGUGGCAUGCUUCAUUGUGGCAAAUGCAUAAGUCUCACCAUCGACCUAGGGAUGGUGCUUUCGAGCUUAACGAUGUGUUUGCUAUAGUCAAUGCUGGUCCUGCUAUUGCUCUCCUCUCUUAUGGUUUCUUCAACCAGGGUCUUUUUCCCGGACUAUGUUUUGGUGCUGGGCUAGGGAUCACAGUAUUUGGGAUAGCAUACAUGUUUGUGCACGACGGCCUCGUCCACCGUCGAUUCCCGGUCGGACCGAUCGCGGAUGUGCCCUAUUUACGAAAAGUUGCUGCCGCUCACCAGCUUCAUCAUACGUACAUAUUGAAUGGAGUGCCGUAUGGCUUAUUCUUGGGACCUAAGGAAAUAGAAGAGGUUGGAGGCAUGGAGGAAUUGGAAAAAGUGAUCAAGCAGAGAAGCACUAAAAUUACUAAAGCCAAGAGUUGACAUCAUUUGAAGCGAUUGCUUCAUUUUUUGAAACUCUUUACACAACAAAUUAAGCAAGGAAGAUUCAAACUCAGUGACUUCUCCAACUGCAACACUAGUCGUGCAAGCAAAGUUCUUAAUUUCCAAGGCCUUGAGCUUCUAUAAUUGGAAAGCACUUGCCAGACAUAUUAAGCAACAGCUCAAGAAGACUGAAUGUGACCUUGUAAUAUAUCAUUCCGAAUCUCUAGCUAGCAGCUCCGCCCCUCAAAUUAUACUUUGCAUAGCAGAAAUUUUCUAAAUAAACUUGU